UGUCACUGAAGCAUCCAUCUGACAGCUGCACCUUUUUCAGUUGCGUUUCUAUUUUCCGAGGAGUCCCUGAAGAUCGCAGCUCAGAUUCAAAGAACUGUCGAAACAGAACGAAUACCUCACAAUGAAGAGCAGAACCAUGGAAAAGGACACAAAUGACAUGGUAGAGUACCUGCAGCAUGAAGUGGCUGCAGAAGAAGGGAAGGUCCAGGAGUUUCAGGAGAUGCUGGAGCGUCAGAAGGAGGCCUCCGACUGGGUCAUAGAAGCCCUGAAGGAGGAGCACAGAGGAGAGGUAGAGGAGGUCCAGAAGGAGAUCCAUGAGUGGACUUUGGACAAUGAAACGCUGGCGUCAGCGUACGACCAGCGGAUGGAGGAGCUUCAGGCUAAACUGAGGUCUUUGGAAAAGCGACGACUCAUUCACGAGGAGGAACGCAAAAGAGAAGCUGCUCUCCUGAGGUUCAAACAAAACUGGGAGAAGAAAGAGUUCCUGGAGAAGCUGGAGAAGAAACUAGAGGACGAGCUAACAGUGGAGCUGUCGCGGGGAUUGGUAAAGAAGAGGAAUGACCAUGAGAAGCGUUUGAAGGUCCAGAACCUCUGA